AAAAACAGUCGUUCAAUCCGAUUAUUAUAUUCAAUUCUUUAUGCUGAUCCACGUUUUCUUCCAAAUACAAUACGUAUUUUUUUAAAAGAAAAGAACAUUGAUGUUUACGAUGAAGAAAACAAAAAGCUAACAAGUUCAUCGACUACUUUAUAUAAUAAUACAACAACAUCAAUCAAUUCACAGUCUUCAAAUGAUCUUGAUAUUAUUCAAACAUAUACUUCUCCUGUUCAAGACAAUGAUAUAAAUAGUCCUGAUCCAACAAAUACAAUUUUUUUUCAAAAAAAAAGCUGAUUUAGAUUCAAAUAUUGUAAUUAAUAUUGAUCAGUACGUUCUAUUUUCAUCAAUUAUUUUAUUCAUUUUUUAUGAUUUAUUUUCAUUUAGAGCAAGUCAGAUUGUCGAAGAAUCAUCAACUGUGUUAAAAGAUUCUCAAAAUCAAAAUUUAAAUUCAAGAAAACGACCUCAACGUGUAGCAAAAGCUGCAGUUGAAAAAUCAAAAUUAUUUAUAGACAAUAUGGAUGACAACGAAGAAGAUACACAAGAGAAUCAUCUUCCAAAUAAAAAAAGAAAAUCAAGCACUUCUUCUCGAUCAUAUAAACGGACACGCCGUGAUUGA